AAUAAAAUGAGGCGAUAGAUGAAAAAACUUAUGGAGCAAAAUGAACCUAAAGAAGUUGUGGAUGAAUAAUUGGUUAAACAAGUUCAUCAGGUAGAACAAUAGAAAAAAUAAAAAUAAGUAUUUUAAAUGAUGGAAAUGUCAGAUUCAGAAGAUGAAUAGCAACCUGAAUAAAAAAAUGAAGAAACCCAAACCCAAGAAUCGAACUAAACAACAUAGCAAUAAAACGAUCAAUCUAACAAUAAUUAAAAGAAAAAGAAAAAUAAAAAUAAAAAGAAGAAAGAAAAAAAAUAGCAAUAAGAAGCAAUUUAAUAGCCAUAACAAAAUCAAGAUGAUGAUUUUGAAUUUCUUGAUAAAAUCUAAGCAGAAUUAACUCAACAACAACAAUAAUAAUAAUUAACAUAAUUUUAAGAAUCAUAAGAAAAUGGACCUCUGGCUAUUAAUAUCAACAGAUUAAACUACAACAAAGAAUUGUAAUAACACUUUAAAAAUGCUAAAAUUGCAGGCGGUCAAUAAAAGAAAGGACACAAAAAUGUCAAACAAUCCUACCUCACAUAUAAUCCAGAUAUCAAUAUUCCAUUGCCUGAUAAAUUUAGUGUCAAAUUUGGAAAUUUAAAUGAGUAAGGUUUACAACUAUUUACUUUGGUUGCAUCUCAAUAAUACGAAAGACUUUAGUAGGAUUACACAAUUGUUAAAGGUUAUUAUGAUCCAUAAGCUAUUUUUAAUUUCUUAUAAAUGAAUCCCUCUCAUUGUGAGGCCUAAUUCGAUGUUAGUGAAUACUUUAGAUUAAAAGGAGACUAUAAAUAAGCUAAUGAACUUCUAGAGAGAUUGCUUUAUAUCUAUGAAAGCAGUUUAGGUUAUGGAUUCAAUAAAUUCUUUGAGGAUGCUUCAAUCAAUCUCGAAAUUGAAGACAACAUUCACAGCAAAGUAUUUCUUAUGUCCUUAUUUAAAUUUACAGACGUAUUGACAAGAAAAGGAUGUUAUAAAGCAGCUUUAGAGUAAUCUAUAUAUUUUUAUUCAGGUUUUCUAAAAUAUUACUGAAAUUUUGUCCAACAAGAGAUCCAUGUGGUGCACUAUUUCUUCUGGAUUGUAAUGCACUAAAAGCUUAAUAAUAUGAAUACUUGAUAAAUUUUACUUCCAAUUUUGUUAAAAGCGCAUAUAAAACCAAUAGAUCUUCUAUUGUUUUUAUGCCUAAUCUGAUCUAUAAUUGCGCAUUGGCUAAAUUUUUAGAAAAAGGAGAAAAUCAUCAUUAUUCUUUUAAUGAUUAAAAUAUCACUGAAGCUAUUAAUAAUUUUGGUCCUAAUCCUUUAUAAGCAUCCCAUCAAGUCCUUAUUAUUUAAGCAAUUCUUUUAUACCCAAUUGUUCUUAAAUAAAUGGCAGAAGCUAAUGAAUUUAUCAAAUAAAAUGUUGGAAAUCUAGACAGCUUUGUAGAUAAUUAAAGAAAGCCAUUUAAAGAAUUAUUGACUGAGGAAUUCUUGUAAAGAGAAACUUAUUUACAUUGGUUCUUACAACUUGAUUCUGAAGAUGAUAGUGAAGGAUUUCUAAAAUCAAUAAGCAUUUUUAUUGAAAAAAGCAAAUCUCAAUGGAAAUCGAAUGAAAUUCUUAAAUGGAUCAAAGGGUAACUAAAUUAUAGCUAAUAUUUAGUGCCUUGGGACUGAUUGUUAACCAUAUAAAAAGGCAAAAGCUAGACCUUAGUUCUUUUUACGAAGAUCUCACGGUUGUUAAGGAAGGAACACCAAUCUAUAAUGAAAUUCCCUUCCAAUAUAGAAGAUAUAAGGAAUUAUCUAAAAGUCAUUUCUUGGAAAAUCCAGAAAGGUACUUAUUAAAUUCAUAUAGACUCGAUUUCAAUAAUAUUUUUGCUGAAAAUAUUGGUGCCCAAUAAUAAUAGCCCCAGCAAUAACUUCCAGCCAAUUUCAACCCACUUAAUGGAAAUCAUGGGUUGUUGCAAGCUGUUUUUGGAACAUUAUUGCCUUGGGUUCAUCAUCCUAAUGCUUAAAUGUGAUUUAUAUAUAAAUGAGGGGUAG